CCGGCGGGGAGGAGAACCAAUUACAGCGAAACACCACUCGCCACUCAUCAUCAGAAGAAGGAAGACAUGGCCUCCAAAAAUAACUUUUGUUCUGUGAAUUUGGCGUUUCUGCUUGUCUUCGUGUUGACUGCAGCUGUCGUCCUGGUGGACGCUUCUGCUGACCGGUCCAAGACGGUGCAGUUUAACGUCAAACCGGGAGGAGUGGUGCACACUUUCACUGAGGCGGUUAGGGAGUAUGAAUGCUCAUUCACUUAUGCUUCACAAGGGGGAACCAACGAGGAAUGGCUGAUGAGUGUGGGUCUGAGUGACGACGACAGACUGUUUUCCUGCUCUGUGUGGAGGCCUCAGGGGAAAUCCUACCUGUUUUUCACUGAGUUCAAAGCCGAAUUGAAGGGAACCAAAAUUGAAUACGCCGAAGCAUAUUCUCAGACAGCGGCUGCAGGACACAGUGACGUGCGGUUGAAGCCCGAGGAAUUUGUCAUAGGAGACUCAACAGUGACCCACAGGCAGGGGAAGUUCAGCGCUCAACUCUCCAAACUGACCGCCAUUGGACAGACACGCCACGAUGAGCUGUGAUUGGUCAGAAGUCUGACUCGGCUUCUGCCGUGUUUUGAGCUCUGAGCCUCUCUGUUUCAGCUCAGUAGUCAAUGAAGGAUGGAUUUGCGAGAGUAACAACCAAAAAUUAAAGAGGGAUGAUACUGAUGUUGCUUUUGCAGCACUUUGCGUGUCAGUGCAUUAAUUACCCGGUAUGUUUUUACAGUGGAUUUGAAAAUGCUGCUAUCGACAAAAAAAUACAGCGAGCCAUCAGUUGAGUAUUGCAUUUUUUUUUUACAACAUAAUGUCCUAGUUAAAAUUCUGCCAUUAAAUAAAGUGCUUCCAUAGUUGUUUCUUAGUUUCGGAAGCUAUAAGAUUUACUGCGAGCAAAUCUGUUCUGAUCCACUGUGGACGUAUGUGAAUGUAUGGAGGAUUGGUGUCUGGGGGCUUGUAGAGUGUAGAUAACACAUUUAGAGUAGGGAGGGAUUUAUCCAUCCCGUGUAAUCCUAAAAGGAAAGUGAAUAAUCUCCAAUAGCGUCAUCGCACACACAUAAACAAUUACAUUUUCCUCAAUCUUCUGUUCCGUUCUGAGCUGAGCUCCUCUCGCUCGCUGUCUGUUUAUAUUCAUCUGUUCUAGAUAACUGCGAGCACACAUUUAUCCCCUAAAUCACCAAUCGGUACCUCUUGUGAUCACAUUGUGUUAUGUUUGUGGUUUUGGCCAGAAGGGGUACUUGUCAUAGAGCAGAUAGCAGCUUCAUAACAUGAUAUUCAGAGACGGAUAAACACAAUACACAGAUGAUCAGUGCAUCAGCGCAUUUGAAUAAGGUCUUGGAAAAUAGAUCUAAUCACAAUUAUUUUGACUGAUACUGUAAUCGCGAUAUGAUGAUAUUUGAAUGGAUCGGAAUGAUAAUUUUUGCAUAAUAAUUCUCAUUUCCAUAGAACAAUAAAUUCAAAUGAUAACUGUUAUUUUAAAGUCUUUAGAAUACAAUUUAUAUUGCCGGGACAUCUCUGCAGCAACAAAAUACUUAACUCAGAGUGGUACACAGUGUGAUUUUGAUAAAUCAUGCAGCCCUUAUGUGAAUUCAUCAUUGAGAAAAUAUGAAAGAAGGAAAAAGAAAUAAAUAUUAUUUUACUUGAAAUUACCUGAUCAUUUUGGAAAAAAUGAAUAAUUACCUAAAAUUUUUUUGAUUUGACACCUGCAGCUGAAGAAAUAACCUUUUCCCCCCUAAUUUGUAAUUUAAAUAUACUUCAAUGUCUUCACAUUACACCGUUUUAAGUUUAACCCAAAAUAACUUAAAUAUAAGGCAUGCAAAGAAAUUUGGAUUAGGACUGUUUAUUGGCAAGAAUCUGGCGAUACGAUACAGGGUUUAUGUAAGAUUUCUGAUUCAAUAUAUUGCAAUAGUGUAAGCAUUCUAAUUUUAGGAAAACUGUCAUAGUACAAAGAACACACCAUCAUAUGCACAAAUAAAAUACAUGUUAUGCAAUCAGAAUAGUCCCUUUGACAUCUUGAGACUACUUUUUGUGCAAUUUGUCUGCUGCAAAUCUUUGCAUUUGAAACUAUUCUUUCAAAAUCGAUCCAGUGUUUUUGGAAAAUGAUAAAGUAUCACAAAACAUAAUAUCUUGAUACUCGAGUGUAAAUAUUUUCUUACAUCCUUAAUCUGGAUUACAGUUCAUAUGGAGUAUGUGGCAUCACAUAUUCCUGAGCCGCUCUUGAACUUUCUGCUUUGAUCCUUCAGCGGCACAUGUGUGGAUCAGCGAGGGUAUUGUGCAGGUUUCAGAAGUACAUGUUCUCUUAUGUAGUGAGUAGGAUUUCCUUUAUCUUCUUUACAUUGAUUAAAUCUUCUUAGAUCCAUGCAAGUGUGCACAGGAUGAGUUCUGGGGAUUGAUUUCAGAUUUUGAGGAUUGUGAUGAUUUGAUUCUUUGGUUAGAUUACUUAUUUUACUGAGAUUCGUACCUUGUUUGGUUUGGUUUCGAGGUGAUCCUCUGGAGCUGAGGAAACAGCUGGGGAUGUUUGUGUGUCACCGUCUACAGGAAGUAACCACAUCCAUGUGCUGAAAAAAACACACAUACAUAUAAAAGAUGUUACUUUGUACAUGUUUUCCCUUUUUUUGCUACUUCUGGAUUGUUCUGAUUCAUGAUGAAAUGUGAUGGAUGUUUGAAUAAAGACGUGUUGUCACUCUUCUGGAGAUAA